AAUAGUUUUGUGGAUUUUAGCUGUGUUUUACUGGUAAUUUUAGUAUGUGCAAUGCUUAGAGAAUUUUGUAAUGAAGUGUAGUCUAUAAAUCUUUCCAAAUAAAUGAAUUAUCAAUAUGAAUUAUAAUUGUGUGCCUCUUCCUCAAGAGGUCAGGAGGGUGGCAACAUGAGAACGGGCCUUCUCUGCAGUGGCUCCCCGUCUGUGGAAUGCUCUCCCCAGGGAAGUUCGCCUGGCGCCUUCAAUAUACACCAGGCAAAAACAUUUCUUUUUAACCAGGCCUUUGCCUGACUUGAUCUACAUCCUAUACCCUUUUUAAAAUGCUGGCUCUUUUUGGGGGAGGGGGGAUUAUGGGGUUCUUGUUGUUUUGAUUUUAUGUAUUUGAUAUUUUAUGUGAACUGCCCUGAGACCUUUGGGUUUAGGGCAGUAUAGAAAUUAAACAAAUAACAUAAAUAAAAUUUGUUGAUAUUAUGUUGUUGCAAUCUAUAGGGUAUGAAACUGCUGUUGAACUUUGAUGUACUAACGUUUAUAUUUUGUGAUAUAUUACAGCUCUCAUUUCCUUAUGCCCUGCAAACCACUAUGGGAACUAUCUUUAGUGGAAAAGCAGCAUAUAAAUCAACAGAUGAUGAACAACAGAAUGCCUCACUGAGAAGCAAGUAGAUAGAACUGAGAACAAACCCCUAAAUCAUGCUGUGUGAGAUAAAAUAAUUACAGACCACAAAUAGAUGCUGACUCUUAAUCUAAUUUUAGCAACAGCCAGAGCAACCGCUUUUCCUCAAGUUAACUAACUCUAUAGCUUUACAUUUCUGCACAUUUCAAUAUGCUAAAACUGACAAAACCCAAGGCAUAAGCUUCAUCACACCUUUUAAAAAACGAAGGUGUCCUGUUAAGUGUUGGUUCAUACCUCAAAAUUGUACUUUUUCAUCUGGUUCAAGCGCCUGCAGUAUAAAUACAACAUUCCAAUACUGCUGCCCACAGCAAUGUAGUCCUCGUUAGUGUCAAGUGCAGUGAGGUAUACCACAAUGGAACGGAAUCCCUUUUGGAUCUUUGUAGGAAUGGCAUUGAGAAGAUAGUACAAGGGACAGAACUCCUUGAAGGUAAACGAUGGAGUCGCCGAUGCCAUGGCAAACAUCUGUAUGUGCUACCUAGAGGCUGGAAAAGAUAAACUGCAUGUACCCCUGAAGCCCAUGAAAACAAGGAGUAUUUAUUUCAGCGGCCACCCUUAGUAUCUAUACAACUGGGAGUACGUACAAUGCUGGUGGGGAAAAGUGGUUUUUCUCCCUCAUGAAAAGUUUAAUAAUAAUAAUAAUACUUACUGCAUCACAGAUCUGCAACUAGUUGGCUUAACAUAAUGCUUACGCUGUAUAACAUUUUGUGUCUCAUAACCCAGAACAAUACUUUGUGAUUUCUUUUUUAUGCAUGACAAAGGCUUUCAACUUAUGAAAAGGAGAACACAAAGCAAUUAGUUGCCAAUGUUCCAACACUCUUCCACUGUCUCCAAAACUGAUGAAUGCCAACUGGUGUCCUCAGUAUUUUGGUGGGGAAAAAAUCACUUCCAUUAACUGCGGUUCAGAGUUCCAUUCAAAGCCAGACCAACUGUGGUUAGCCUUAACAAUAGUUUGCAGAAAUAAGCCAACUUCGAACCGUGGUUUACAAAGGAGCUUUGCUUCAAUAAGCUAGGGAAGGGAGACAUGCAUUUUACCCAGCUUCCCUCUUCUCCUCCAGAAACCAAGCUCUUGGACAGCAAAUAGCAGUGAGAAUUGAUGCACAAGAUUCCUGUCUUUCAUUUAACACAGGGGUCGUUUAACUGGCCCAUGGACCCCUGCCGCCUGCUCAGUCGGCUCCCAUGUGCCACACUAAACUGGCACAGAGCAGAGCGGGGACCACCUUCCGCGAUGCUGGCUGGCUUCCCAUUGGCUGCAGGAAGCUCCUGCAGCCAAUGGGAAGCUGCACACGCCUCCUCCACACCAGAAAUAGUGUUUGCACAUGUGUGCGUGCGUGCGCACUCCGGCCCACUGCGGCAUCUGCAGGACAGUGAACCAGCCCAAGCCACAAAAGCUUUGCCGACCCCUGAUUUAACAUCACUACAAUUGGGGAAUGUUCCCAAAGAAUGCAAAAUUCACAAUUCCUUCUGUGCCCCGGGUCCCAUUUAUGAAUCCCACAGAGUUUAAAAACAAAAAUACUCCCUAAGAGGCUGAUCCAAAGAUGUAACAGUGAAUCUUAAUGUUAGUGCCAAAUCUCUUCCCCAUCCCCACACCUAAUGGUAAGUCAAGAACAACUCUUGGUUUCACAUCAUGGUUUAUUUGGAGCAAAACAAACCAUGGUACUCAGCUUGGAUGUAACACUAAGUCAGGGAUCAUGGUUUGUUCCUCCCAGUCAUGCUUGGGGAGGAGUGAUGUGGAAGUCACAUGUGUUGCUGACAGAAAACCAUUAACUAUGGCUUGCCACAACUUGCAAACAUAGCCACUAUGUGCUAGAUCAGCAAUCCUGUUCAUUCAAACCAAUGCCAACGCUUCCAUCUCUGCCACCACAGGAAAUUAUGCAGAAUUAAUGUCUAUGCAAGCACUCAAGACCAUAACAAGUAAAAGCCACACAUACAAGUAAAAGAAGCUGAGCGAACUAGUAUUCUUUCGAAAGGCACUUCUGAGAUAAAAUCAAAGUAAAAGUUCCAAAUAAAUAUUGUCCCUUGCUAAUAGUGGAGAAGGGGGGGAAGUCUAGUUAAAUCCUGGCAUCCCUCUUGCAUUGGGUCAUAUGAUUUACUCCUACUACUGACAUCUAAAUAUGCAUUGAAGACCUCCUCAUACAUUAUAAAGUUGCCUUAAGUGUAGAAAAUUAUGUACAACCCAAAUGCAGUUCAUCACUGAACAUGGGGUGGCCAGCUGUCAUUUACCUGCCUAUGUACGCACAGGGAAGAACCAGCAUUGGAAUUAGGCACCAUUAAAGGUCAAAGUGUAUGUCUUGCUAAUUUUCCACACCCAGUUCUCAUGUGACAUGCCUCUGGAUUGCUUAAGCUCUGCUAACACAGUGCGCUUAAGAGUUUUUAGGGAACUUCUAUUUCGUGAGCUAAGGUUACAAUAAAUUUUGGAUACUGGUACUUUUUUCAAAACAGAAUAUUAAAUUUCAUGUCAAAACCAAGGGUUAUGAUGCACUCACUCUGCUAGUCUUCCAUCGAAGAAUCCUAUGGCUUUAAGCAGCCAGUUCAUCACAUUUAGUCCACUACCCUAAGGCAGGAUACAUCUUUGUUGCAGACGACAAUUUUGGAAAACAAUGUGUGUUAUCCUCCUGUUGAAGUAACAGAAGCUCAAAUAAUGAAACCAUUAAAUCACUUUGAAGGGACAGCAUCAACUGUUUUGCUUUUUAAACGAACAUAAAACCAGGUCCCAGGGGAGCUACCUUUUUCAAAAGCAUACAUUUGUAACAAAUAAAUGAUUUGUCCAAGGAAGAAUUCAACAAGCAUCAGGCAGAACAGUGAAAGAAGUACCAUAAAUAACUGAAGUUCACUGGGCUACAAGGUGGCUGUGCCAACAUAUGUAGCUUGCAGAAUUAGUAAAUGCACAGCUCAAGUAUCAGGAACUUUCCUAGCUACAGAUAUUUAGGAUGGAAAAGCUUCUCGGAAUAUGUUUUCAUUUCAGGAACCCAGGAGCUGUUAAGGGUGGAUGCUGCAAUAUUAAUUCUGCAAACUGUGCAGCAGUGAGAGGAGUUGCUUAAAGAGGUAUCAUUCCCACCCACCCCCAUUUCAAUGCCGUGUAGAAGUUGUAUUAUUUAUUUGUUUUGCUAAGAAGGGCAUGAAGAGGAAAGCACAAAUCUACAAGAAAGAAAGAAAGAAAGAAAGAAAGAAAGAAAGAAAAGACUAAUGGGAGAAGGGAAAACUUCUGGGUGGAUUUUUGUCCUUCCUCCUCAAUGCAGAAUGACAAUUCUAACCCAUGAGUGAUAAAAGAGGGCAGAAUUAAGAGAUCCCAUUAAUCGAUAGAGUAAUAAUCAGCACUGUUGGGAAGCCCAACCACCGCACCUGAAGCAUGAACGGAACAAGAGUACAGGCAGGCGGCCGAAAUACACUAAAGGAGGUAAACAAACCCAGCACACGGCGGUUCCCAAACAUGCGCCCCCGCUUCACCCCCGCGAGAGAUGCUCAAGGCAAGCCUCAUUCACUGUGCGCGCCUUGGCGGGCAGAGAAGCCGACCAACCGCCCAGAGCUCGUCAGGACGGAGCCUCGACACGUGUUUCCAGCGCCGGGUCUCUCGAAGGAAACCCGGGAAGGAAUGCGUAAAAAGGGGGUUCUCCGGACGGUGAGCGUCCUUCUUAUCGCCUCCUGCAGCCAGGGAAGGGAAGAAGAGAGGGCCGCCCAGCCAGGAGGCUCCCACCCCGUCUCCCCGCCGCGCUAGGCUGCCCUCCUCACCUCAGCAGGGGCCAGGGCCGGGGCCUGAGCUCCCGCGUCGCCCCCAGGCCCAGCGGCGCUGGGUCUCCAGCGCUGGGCGGCGGAGCUGGGCGGAGCCGGACGUGAGCGCACUUCCGAGGGGAGGGAGCGGCCUCGGCCUCGGGUGUCGGCGGAGAUGGCCGGUAAGCGCGUCUUCCCCAGGCAGCGGGCGGCAGCGCGGCCUGCAGCUCCUGCGGCGGAGGAGGCCCCGGGAGCCUCCACCAGGGAAAGCGGUUGCUGGAGAAAAAGGCGCAUUGGGAGGGGGACGCCACAACCCAGCAGUUUUUUCCUCCCUCUCAAGUAAUACCGGGGGGGGGGGGUGUGCGAUGGAGCUGAAGAUGAAAGGGUGGCGGGACGGUGGAACUCCCCGCCACUGGAGGCAGGGUUGGCCUCCGACUUCAGAACUAUAAGAUGAUGUUCAGGGCCGGGUUUAGGUUUGAUGAGGCCCUAAGCUGCUGAAGGUAAUGGGGCCCUUUAUAUGUCCAGCUGUCCUUUGUAAACAACAAAUAGUCGCUUUUUUGUGUUGAAUAUAUGCUAUAUAGUAAUUUAUGGACCUAAUAGGUAUCUAAAGCCAUUUGCACAUGCAGAAUGUAGGCACCCUAUACAGUACAUAGAAAUGAGCAAAGCAGUGAUAUUUUAGGGAGCAGGCUAGCAGGUGGGGCCCAUCAUUGGAGCCUACACAACACAAAACACUGUUGCUGUAUGUAGGUUUUGUUUUAUUUGUUUUUUAUCUUUUAUUUUGGAAAUGUACAUCCAGGUUUUUUUUCCUUUAAAUUUUUUGGCGGCCCCCAGGGGCCCUAAACUAUAGCUUGUUUAGCUUAUAGGUAAAUCCAGCACUGGAUAUGUUGUGAGGUGGCCAUGGCGGGAGUUGAGAGAGGCUGUUUCUGAAUGGAAGCAGGGAGAAGGGUGAAUUUUGGGAACUGGUUAUGGGGUUGCGAAGGAAGCGAGAUGAUCCUGCGAUGCUACUACAAUCCCAGCUCCCGGUUGGGUUGGGUUUGUUGGUCAUCUUCUUCACAUGUUUGAGUGAUGGGCAAUGGGCAGGCGCACAGUGUUGCAGUGGGCAGAGACUUGUCGGUUUUCUAUCAGUGAAAUAAAACUUCUUAUUGAAGGUUUGAAGCAAAGCGCCAGAUGAGGAUAGAGGCUGAAACUUCACAAAACAAUGAGAAUAGGGUUGUUUAUUUUAUUUUAUUACAUUACAAAAAAAAAUGUCGCCAGCAGUCUAAAAUGUCUCACAUAUUUUCCCUCUUCCUAUUUAAAGGGUUUUAUUGUUGUGUUUUUGAUUAGCCAAAGGCUCAACUCCCAAGACACCUGUAUUAUCCAUCAGUGCAAGAAAAAUUAAAGAUAAUGCAGCAGACUGGCAUAAUUUAAUGAUGAAGUGGGAAACUCUGAAUAAUAAGGGAUUUACCACUGCCACCAAAAUCGUGAACAUCAAAAUUUCUGCAGAGUAAGUAUAUUGAAAGAUCUUGUUGAUUGUUCCAAUGCAAAUUUAUUACCCUAGGCCAUCACUUUUUAAAAUCUGCAUGAUAUGAAUGUAACAAUUUACCUUGCAUUAGGCACUGACUACAGUUGACCCUAUAUAUUAUAGGCAACAAGGGGUAGGAGUUGUCAGAGGAACAGAGCUCCUAUUAUGUACAGUGAAUGACAUUUUUCUUUAGGUGCAAAGAUGGCAAGUUGGAAAUAGAACAUGAUAAUAUUGCUUCAGAGUCUGGAAGACGACCAGUUGACUACAAUGUAGAAUUGGAGGAGUGCUGUACAGAACUACUUGAUACUUUUGAAAACAUGGUACUCUAUUUCUCUUUAUUAAGACCCCCACUGCAUUUUUCUGUUUCCACCAUCCUCCUAUAGAUCAGUGGUUCCCAAAACUUUCCCCAACCCAGGGGAAUCGUUAAGUGAUUUUUCUGCAGGUUGUAGCAGUUAUAACACACACUGCUAGAUGCUGUGUGACUUUUAACUGUAUUUUAUGGAUACAUUGCAGACCACCUAAAUGAAACUCCUGGACAGUUUCUGAACCCUUGUUCUGGAGAGGCCAUAGCCACUUGUGGGAGAUCUAGAGGUCUUCUUUUUAACAAUGUUUCCCCUGAAUAUUCAAGACAACAUCCCUUCACAAGAGAGGGUAUAAGAAUUAUAUGCAAAUCUAGCUAAUGGAGCAAUCAGCCAAAUGAAAAAUGAAUCUCUUCUGUGCAAAACAUUCAGAAGGGAGAACUGAAACUAUUCUUAAUGUUUUAUUGUGAAAAAUGCCCUUUGAGAAUUACUAAUUUUAGUCCAGUACUGACUGAAUAAUUAGUGAUUUGUCUCUAAUCCAGUUAUCCAGUCUUUGUAAUAAAAGUUCCCUGGUUGUGAAGUUUCUGAAAGUAGGGAUUGAGUAGCCUGCACAGAUAGAACAUAUGUUAAGCUGCAGUCGUAUUCAUGUGUACUCAGAAAUAAGUCACAUUGAAUUCAGUUGAGGUUAGGCCAGGUAGGUGGGUCUAGGAUUGCCACUUCAGAACAAAAACACAUUUAUUGUUGUUAUUACAUUAUUUACUCUUAUGUAAUGUGUACCAUUUUGGCCCAAUUAUGUCAUGGAAAUUAGAGUGUGCAUUAGAUUUGAUGGUGCAUUAGGCUCAAUUGCAAGCUUGAAAAACACAGACAUAGCAAAUACAGUGGUAUCUCUGGUUACGAACUUAAUUCAUUCCGGAGGUCCGUUCUUAACCUGAGGUACCACUAUAGCUAAUGGGGCCUCCCGCCGCGUAAUUUCUGAUCCCAUCCUGAGGUAAAGUUCUUAACCCGAGGUACUACUGUACUUUUUUUUGUUUUAAGGUUUUGAAAACUGAGGUGCACAUUAGAUUUGAAGGUGCAUUAGAUUCACAUAAAUAUGGUAUUUAUUACCGUAAUUAUUAUUGUUUAUUAAAUUUGUAUAUCGCUCUUCAUCUGCAGAUUUCAGGGCAGUUCCAACAUAAAAUUCAAUGUGACAUCUGAAUAGACAUGGUUAGGAUUGUUCUGUUGGUUACAAAAUAUUAGCUUCUUACACAGACAUUUAAAACUUUGUUAGGCAAAAAUACAACAGAAAAUGGAAAAACUAUGUUCAACUACUAAAGGGAUCUGCGACUUAGAAGCAUAUCAUGGAGACCAGAAGACACCAUUCUUUCACACAUGGCCCAUUCCUUACUUCUGUAAGUAAAUUCUUCCUUUAUGAGAUACUGCUAUUUCUUUCUGCUGAAGCAUAUUCAUUUGAAAAUGAGAGUGGAAUACUGUGAGCUAAAGAAAUUAAAUUUAGCUUAUAUUGCUUGAAUUGCAACUCUACAGGGCAACUAUAGCUCUCAGGAGAGAAUGCUUCACAUCAUCAACCCACAUCAAUUCCUAGAAUUCCAUAUGUUGAAACCAGAUAAGCUUUUUAAAAAUUGCGCAACAGGAGAAAUAUGGAACUUGAGGGAUGGAAGAGGAGUUAAUUAAUUCUAAAGCUUAAAAACUAUAGGCAAGCAAUCUAGCUAGCAAUGUAGUAUGUUCAGCAUUUGUACUAUGAAGCAAAAUCAGAGCACUACUCAGGCAUUCUGAAUUAUGGCUUCGUCAAUACAUAUGAGAGUAUGCACUCUGAGGGUACCACAUUCACCAUUUGUUCCCUAUCAAACUGUCUGCAGCAGGGAAGCCGCCUGGAAUCAUGGCUGUAUCUAUGCAUUUUGAAACCCUGAAAAAAAAAUCAGGCUUUCAAAGUGCACAGGGGUACAUGAUGUUUUCCCACUGCAGACAGUUGCUAGGAAACACAGCAUCUAAUUGAGAGGAGGGUGGGGACAAAGUUGGUGCACAUUCUUCUCUUCAUUUGCUGUCCUAAGCCAUAUUCGGAAUGCCUAUGUAUUUCCAGAGCUACUUCUUGAUUUAAUUUAUCUUUUUCAGAUGAAGUUUCUGGAAAGCUCUUGAACAUGUACUCAAAGGAAUUAAAACUCAAGCAAACUAUUGUGCAAGAGAUUGCUCAUACCGCUGACCAAGAUCUCCUGAUGGCCUACUUAUCGUCAUGGUUAUACCAGCCCUACAUUGAGAAUACCAGCCAAGUAUUACUAGAAAGCAUGCUAUUGGAAACAGGACACAGGCUGGUCUAACCUUUCCUACCACUUUAUAAAGUUGCACUUGCCUUGAACUGCACUGCUAAUUCAUUAAACACAAUGCAAUUUAUGUAUUUUUGUAUAGUUCCAACUUUUUAAUAAAGUCUGCUUUAUUUUCUAAGAUUGUAUCUACCUAGCAGGUCCCAUAUUGGGAUUACAACAAACAAAACCACUUAAGAGGUUUUAGUACCAUCCAGGUUUAUAUAAAUUUUGUAAAAUAAUAGAAUCAAAACAAUUCUAAAACAGAGCUUGAUUAACUUUAGGGUCUCUAAAAAUCUGCUUUCAAAGAUUUCAAUAUCCAGUGGAACUCCUUUUUCUUUUGUUUUAAAGUCUGAACUUUCACAGCUUUCACAGAGCCAGCGUGGUGUAGUGGUUAAGAGCGGUAGUCUCGAAAUCUGGGGAACCAGGUUUGCGUCUCCGCUCCUCCACCUGCAGCUGCUGGGUGACCUUGGGCCUGUCACACUUCUCUGAAGUCUCUCAGCCCCACUCACCUCACAGAGUGUUUGUUGUGGGGGAGGAAGGGAAAGGAGAAUGUUAGCUGCUUUGAGACUCCUUAAAGGGAGUGAAAGGCGGGAUAUCAAAUCCAAACUCCUCCUCUUCUUCUUCUUCUUCUUCUUCACACCAUGAGUGUAAGAGGAGCCUGCUAGAUUAGGCCAAUGGUCUAUCUAGUCAAGCAUACUGUUCUCAAUGGCCAACUAUAUGCCUGUGGAAAGCCUGAUAGCAGUACCUGAGUGCACUAGCACUCUGUCCUCAUUUAUAAUCGAAAUAUGACUGUAGCUGUAUCUUUCACCAGGGCUAUGAGAAAAGUUAACACAUGCCUUGGAUUACAAGGCCGAUAUUUAAAUCCCAUAAAGUCCCAUCCUUGCCUCUGUUGCUAGGCCAUGACAGCACAGAAAGCACUGGGGAUUUCAGGAAACACAUACAAGAGGCAAAUCACUAACAGCCUCCUGUCCUUCUCAGCAUCCUAGCUGCCAGGCCCAUUUUUUUCAGGCACCAAUGGCUAUUAGGAACUUUUUGCAUUUCUACCUUAGUGAACAGAAAAUUGUUAACAUUAGGCAAAUGCUACAUUACCAUUUCGGCUCAGGUUGUGCCCAGAGGCAUAUGCUUUUUAGAAUUGCCGCUACUCUGGGGAAUUAUCUAAAUCUGAACAGCCUCAUUGAAGUCUGUCACUGAAGUCUGUAUGUUGGGGGAUUGGAUUCAUCUCUGGGACAUGGAGGCCCACUCUUCCAGAUGAUAAUAAAUAUCUAAAUAUGAAAGUGACCUACUUACCAGAUUGAAGCUUUCACUUCGUAACUGACUGAAAUACAAUCCCUCUAUGCUUCGCAGCUUUAGAGCAGCUCCUGUGUUCAAAACAUCAAAAUGACCUGACACACCCAAGGUGUCAAGGAUAGUAUAUGUAGUACCUUUAAUUUGAACUAGAUAAACCAUCACUUACAGUUUGAUAUCCAGCACUGAAUGCCAUUACCUUUGUUUGCACAGAUUACCAAUUUUAUAAAAAGGUUAUUACCAGUGAGCUGGUUCUUGAUCCUACCGUUUAGCCAAAAAGCAGUGUGAUUUUGGUAAUAAGUUGUGCCCAGAAAACGGAUCAGUUUGGUAAACAGUGCAGUUUACUUGGAAUUCUAGUUACUCUUCAGUCACGUUAGUUGUAAUUGCACAAAGGUCACAAGCAGCAGAAAAUUAAGAUUUAAUAACAAAAAUAUACACUAUAAGAAAGUUUUUUUUAAAAAACCCAUAUAUUUUCAUAAUGGCUUUACUCUGAGCAAGUUCAAUGUUGUUAAAAGAGCCUCUGUACUUUCCAAAGAACUUGAAUGUGUAAGUGCAUAGCAGGAUCAUCAAUUUGGUUACAACACUGGUUGAAAAAGACAGCAGCACCAGGAUGAGGCAAAGCCUGAACUAUUUCAUAUCCCUAGAAAAGAGUUUCUAGCUCAUCCAGUCAUCUUUUUAAUAGACUGUCAAUGAGUUUUCUAAGAUCAUAUAGAAACACUAUCUCAUUGAUACCCAAAUGGAUUCGCUACUGCCAUGUUACUAAUUUGGGAAGAUUUUGUUUAAUCAGAUACCCUAGGAUGUUCACAAUCUAUUAAUGACAAAAUCCUCGCUUCUUCCUGAGAUUCUUGAUAUUUUUCAUUAUGAUUGCUUUCUUCAUGCACUGACAAGGAUUUUGAUUUGCUUUUUUUGAUGCUGUGGAGUUACAAAUCUCAAACACACUUAUUCCGCUUGCUGCAUUAUCCGAGUACGCUGCCACCAUCUUUUCUUGUGAACAUUCUGAACUGGCAAGUGGCAACCUUUCACUCCGUGAGAAUAGGUAGCCUGAACAAUCCAACCCUGAUACACUUGAAGGUUGUAAGACCUCAGCCUUCCCUUGCAGGAACUGAUCUGUAUCUGCAAUCUCAUUUGAAGCUUCUAGUUCAAGUGAUUUGUGGUGCUCCUUUUGCUGUAAUGUAUUUCCAGUGCAAAUGUUUGCUCCGCAGUUCUGUUCUGGGGGGAAACCUAAAAAAAUCAAGUUAAAAAACACAAAACUUCAGUUUACAUGCAUGCUUUUCAAAACAGACAAAAACUGAAGUGUUUUAUAAAAUAUUUAUUUCAUAAAAAUUAUAUACCACCUGAUUGUGGUAUAUAAUGUGGUCUUUGCUACCCAUAUAAAAAAUUAAGCUGUUUAAGUAUAAUAUUAAGCAUUAAGUAGUAUAAUAGAAUCAAUAGUUUAUAAACAAACAGCUUCUACUUUGGCAACAGAUUUUUUUUUAAAAUCUGCUUGGCAGCAUUAACAUUUAUCCCUGAAGUACCCAGGUGGUGGAGUAUUUACCAAUAAUAAAUACUUGCAUUAUAUCACAUUUCCUUCCAAAAUAGGUUGAGAGCUAAACAAAAGUAUAGUUAGUUUUGUACGCCCAAUGGGGCUUUAAGCUUGUGUUUCUAAAACAGCAGUAUUGACAUUCAUUUAGUGAAAUCUGGAUUCAAAUCACCAAUAAAGGGGGGGGAAACAACUUUUGGAAAACAUAUGCAUUAAGUACCUUGGCAAGAAAGGAGAAUGCAAGUGUGAAGGAUACAGCAAAUUUUUAGCUAAGUUUCCUUUUUCUCUCUCCCUACUCAACAUUAUUUUUAGACUUAUACCACUACAAUUUAAAGGGUCAUUGUAUUCUUUCAGCUUCCUAGCUAUUUGCACGUAAUUUUAUCUUCAGGAAAGAAUGGAGAUAUUAGAAUUCACAUACCACUACCUUCAUAUGCAGGACUUCUUUCCUUUAUUUCACCAUGACUUGAACUGAUAGUCACAGUUUCUAACAAAUUUUCAGCUCUGAUCUUUUUUGCAAAUGGCAACAUUUCAUCUGAACCCUGUUGAGAGAGAAAAUAAACUUACCAGCCUAUUUAUCAAAUGUCAACUUUUUAAAAUUAUUCCAGUAUUUUAAAAAGCUCUGUUCAUUUGGCAGCACUUUGUGCCACACAAGAAUCCAAGUGAAUGAACUUAUGCCAAAAAAGUAUGGUUUGCUUAUAAAGACCAAUUUUGUAUGGAAGAUUAAAUAUGCAACAGCUUAUUUUCAGCAACACAUUUACAAACAAAAAAGCACAAGAAAAGUUAAAUAUGCUACAAGGUUUGUACAGUAUUAUUGAUGUGGCAGAAUUCACCUAUUUUAUACCUCAGUUGCUCGUUUCUGUCCCAGAAUCUCUGUACAUACAGGUGCAUCAGCAAUUUUAAUACACUCAGGUGAAGAGUCUAUUGUUUGAACCAUUUGCAUUUCAAGAUCACUGCCUAUAAUUCCUAGAGAUUCAGCCACCUAUGAAAGAUGAGACACAAUAUUUUUGUCCUAGACCAGUAAUACACAAUUUAUUCACAGUAAAUUUCAUUAUUUCAAAAUUCUUAUUUACAGUCAGCAGGGCAUGUACCUGCAUUAUUUCGAGGAUGGUUUUAUUAGACCUUACCAAGUCUUCUUUGUUAAUAUUUUGAGUAUCAUGUUUGUAAAUAAAGCUGCUUUACCAGAAAAUUAUUUAGCUAUUGUGAUUGUUUUUUACUCCAAGGUACUAUAUUUGAUCUUAGCAAGUAGGCCUAAAAGCAAAAGACAGAAGCGCAAAUAUAGAAUAAGAUGUACUUAAUUUCUGCUUAUCUUCAGUAUUUGCUAUUUAUCUUCACACUCCUUCUUUUAAAGAAAAUGUGUUCAGUUUCACCUGCUGCACUCAGUUUAGCUACUGGAUCUUGAUUCACAGCCACACACGGAACUACCCAACAUACCUUUGGGUUUUUUAUUGCCAGAGGGUUGUUUACUUCAGGAGUACUCAAAUAGUCUUGGCACAUUUUCUUUACUAUAGUGUGCAGCUCUUCAAAUUCCCGGUAUACUUCUGGAAAAAGUGCUUUUGUUGGAUAAUUUUUUUUUACCUGGUUGGGAACAAAAGCUACAUGAAUAUCAGCAAAUUCACAAUCACGUGCUAUAAGUAUCAUUCAAGCCUAUUAUAAUGCAAACAAGUAACAGGCAAUUAAAGGCAGAAAGCACUAUUUGAACCUCUCCAUCAAGUCCCCUAUCUUGACCACAUUGGUUUGGAUGACAGCUGUCAGUCCAUCUGGUUGCUGUUGGCUUAAAUUGAUCUUAUGUUAAACAGAGGCUGGAGAAGUAGGGACUGUGGAGUUAAGAAAACUAGACAACAGAGGCUGUGGUUCAAGGUCUAGGAAGAUUAUGUUAAGAACCAUAACUCCUAUCUACCUGUUAUGAGUAAAAUAUCUCACUGGAAUAACUUACUGUACUAAUCUAUAUUUCCAUAAAGAGUGAAAUAAAAUUGUUGACUUUCCCCUAAACUAUAACUUCAAAUAGGGCAGGGAAAGUGAUGUGUCCCACUGCUUCAAUCUUCCACCAUGUAAUUCCUUGUACUCCUCCUGGUUAAUCUGGUUUCAUCCAAUUUUUGUUCAGACCCCCAUGAGAGACUCAAGUUUAAAGAGAUUGACUAUAGGAAAUUAAAUCCACAUUUGCAGAUAGUGUAAAAUGCACAAAAUAAAUGAAUAAUAAAUACUAAGUUUGCAAGAUGUAUCUUACCUUCAUCAAUAGGAAUUCAGAUACAGUAACAAGUGUUGUAAAGCGUGGAAGAGCCAGCUCCAUAAAAUCUUCAUUGGCACAUUGCUGAAUCAGCUAUUAAAGACCAUAAUAAUUUCUUUAGAGAAGCCAUAAAGUCAAAUCGCUAAAACGCCAAGUCUAAAUACAUGGAAAUGAACAAAGAAAAAUGCAUGAUAUCUGAGCAAUUUAUUAUAGAAAACAGAUAAAUCACUGAGAAGUGUCAAUGUUAGGAGACAGUUCUUAGGGUCAUUGCCAGAAUAAAUUCAAUUUUUAAAUCCCAGCAGUGAGAUCUAGGGUCCAACUCACACAACAUUCUUCCUGCACGGAGAUGAUCAAAACUAAUGCAGAAAACAUGUACAACUUGUUUGAAGCACACACAAUUGGAUUAUUUUGCCAUGGGCAGACACUUUAUCCAAGUUUUCAAGCCUCAUUUACUACAUGAAAGCCUAGCUACCAAGUAGAAUCUUAGCUGGCAGAUUCUGAAAGAAAAAAUAGUAAGUCUUUCACCAGAUAACUAAAUAAGUUGUAGGAGUUUUAAAUGGUUGAAUUUGCAUAAAUGGUCACAUUUGUAUAAAUAGCUUUGAUGAGAAAGGCAUGCUUCCUCUUAGAUGAAACAGCAGGCACCCUUAGAAACAUUUCAUCCUGCUUGAAGAGAAAGGGAUAGUUCUUAUAAGAUAGCACCAGCCAUCUCCCCAUUUUAUACUUAUAUCAAAAAUAAUUUCAGGAAUAUGUGUUGCCCAACUGAGACACCAUUUCAAGUUAUCAAAAUAUUUUAAAUGGAUGAGUCUAACUAAGGGAUGGGGAACCUUUGUCAAUCCUGCGGCAGCAUUUCCUCAUGAGCAACGUUCUUGAAGCCAUACAGCAAUGGCGGCAAGGGCGGCUGGCAAAAGUGGUUACUGUAGGAUCUCUUUCCAACUACACAAAAGUCAUAGGUUUCAACACACAUGCACACACAUAUCCCUCCAUUCAAGUAAGUAAGGUACUAUUAAGGUACAACAGCACAUUCCAGCUAGGCAAAGUCACUCAAGGAGGGUGAGGAGACGUACUGGUGUGAAUCCAGAGGGCCAGAUAGUUCAGAAGUGGGGAAGCAUCCAGGCCUCUCUAGGUUCACAAUCCUAAGUUUUUUUUACCAAGGUGUAAGUCCCACUGAGCUCAUUGAGACCCAAUUCUCAGUAAACAUGCUUAAGAUUGUAUUGUGAGCACUGUAGCCUAAUGGAGAAACUAUCACUAGACAAGUGAGCAUGACCAAUUGUGAAAAGGAACCAUACCUCUUUUAGCCUAGCUUUCCUUCUAAGUAUACUGUGGUGCUCUGCUGACAUAUUAUUAAGACACUUUGAAGAGAACUGACUGCGUCUGCUGUAUCUUCCAGAAUACCUUGAUCUUUCAGCUCUCUUUGGUCGGCCACACCUUCUUGGUUGUCGGGGUCUUCCAGGACCCAAAUACAAUAAAUCGGUGUUUUGAUGUUCUAUUAACUUUCCAUCUUCUGUAGAUGUAGAAUACUUUAAAAAAUGUUCAUAAGAAUGCUUUAAACAGUUUUGACUGUAUUAAUUUUUUGUAUUAAUUUUGACUAUUAAUUUUUGUAUUAAAUUUGACUGUAUU